GCUUCCAGUUUUUGUUGCGCAUUCAAGUGGAACACAUCGGGGCUUUUUUCACUGUGGAAAAAUUUGGGCGUCGGCCAUUUUUGAGCGACACUCAUUCGCUUCCUCGCCUCGCAUUUGACACAAGGAGGCUUUACUGGAGUCUUCACAAAAUAUUUUCGUAGUAGACAAACAAAAUAACCAUGGGGAAGCCUGAAGACGAAGUACAGGGAAAUGUGGAUCUGGUUGAUAAUGAAGACACCGGGGGAGAUGAGAACCAGGAGAGAGGCAACUGGUCCAACAAGUUUGAGUUCAUCCUGUCCUGUACAGGGUACGCUGUUGGCCUGGGUAAUGUCUGGAGGUUCCCCUAUCUGUGCUUCCGCAAUGGUGGAGGUGCUUUCCUGAUCCCCUAUGUCAUCAUGUUGGCCUUUGCUGGCCUGCCUCUGUUCUUCCUUGAGGUCAGCUUUGGCCAGUACUGCAGCCAAGGACCUAUCACCUGUUGGAGAGCUGUUCCCAUGUUCAGAGGCGUUGGAUAUGGCAUGCUGAUUGUUUCAGCUUACGUAGGCAUCUACUACAAUGUGAUCAUCAUGUACACCCUGUACUACAUGUUUGCCUCCUUCACUGCCAAGUUGCCCUGGAUUGGCUGCGGCAAUACCUGGAAUACAAACAUGUGCUCUGACAUCGUGAGUGACUGCCUGGCAGCUGGUGGGCUCGUUAGCAAGAACAACACUUGCCUACGGAUUGCUAACUUGACCGCAGAUGAGUUGCAAAUGUAUAAUAUUACUAUGGAUAGUGCAGGCAUGUUUGAUCGGACGAACUAUACUGACCCUUUCAAGGAUGAUCGCCAACGUCCAAGUGAGGAAUACUGGAAGUUCAGUGUUUUGCAAGAGGCACCUAGCAUCGGGGAAACAGGCACUAUUCUGUGGCAGUUGCUUCUGUGCCUCCUCCUGGCCUGGAUUAUCAUCUAUCUCUGCCUCAUCAAGGGAAUCAAGUCAUCUGGAAAGGUGGUGUACUUCACUGCAACCUUCCCCUAUGUUGUGCUUGUGAUCCUUUUGGUUCGUGGAGUCACUCUGCCUGGCUACUUUGAUGGUGUUCUCUUCUUCAUCAGUCCCAAGUGGGAACGAUUGGCUGAACCACAGGUGUGGUUGGAUGCAGCCACCCAAAUCUUCUUCUCUCUCAGUGCUGCGUGGGGUGGUCUUAUCACCUUGGCCUCCUACAACAAGUUCCAUAACAACUGCUACACGGACUCGGUUCUGGUGGCCACUCUGAACUGUGCCACUAGUCUCUUUGCAGGCUUCGUCAUCUUCUCUAUCAUGGGCUUCAUGGCUAAUGAGCUGGGCACCACAGUCGAUCAGGUUGUGGAUCAAGGUUUUGGCUUGGCCUUCAUAGCUUAUCCUGAGGCAGUAGCUCGUCUACCUGUCUCCCCUCUCUGGGCCAUCCUCUUUUUUGUCAUGUUGCUGACUCUGGGUCUGGACAGUCAGUUUACCAUUAUGGAAACUGUGGUGACAGCUAUUGUGGAUGAGGUUCCAAGCCUUCGCAAGAAGAAGCCACUGGUCAUGCUGGCAGCCUGCGGUGUCGGUUUCAUCCUUGGCUUCACCUGCAUCACCAAUGCUGGACCGUACUGGGUGUCUCUCAUGGACAGCUAUGGUGCCGGUUUUGCCCUGCUCAUCUAUGGUCUCUGCGAGUGUGUUGCCAUCAGCUGGCUGUAUGGCAUCAAACGCUUCAAGAAUGACAUCCGCACCAUGAUUGGUGAUGGCUGGGUGGACUUUCCACUCUUUAUCUGGUGGCCUCUCAACUGGUGUUGCAUCACCCCAGCUCUCCUCUCUUUUGUGUUGAUGUUCAACUGGAUGAAUUGGUCCGAGCCAUCAUACAAUGGACCCUACCCCACCUGGGCUCAGGCCAUUGGCUGGAUGAUGAUUCUCAGCUCACUGAUCUGGAUCCCUGUUGUCUGGGUCUUUGAGUUCAUCCGUACCCCAGGCAACCUUGCUCAGCGUUGGGAGGCCAUGUCCAAUCCCCGUGAGAACUGGGGCCCAGCACUGGGUAAGUUCCGCCUGGAGGCUUACCAGACCCACAAGAGAGAGAAGACUACCUUCGGCGGUCGACUGAAUCCCACCGGUUACAUCUACGACUCCAGCCGCACGGCUGAGAUGGGCAAAGUCCCAAAUGUCUACUACACUCCUGGAAUUGCCAACAGUGGCUUCGAUAACCCGAUGUAAGCAAAAGUCAAGACAAGGAAGCCAUGUACCCGAUUGAUACUUGUAUUAAGUAUUGGAUCUUGCAAGGGCGCGUAUUCCCCGGCAGAUAUGAUUUUUGUAAUAACAAAGGGGUUGGAGAGAGAAAACUUACAGUGAACUAAAUUUCCUAGCAUUUAAAAGUGUGCCUCUUUGUUAGAUGAUGUUUAUAAGGCUGAGUUAUAUGAUAGUAUGGUCAUAAUGGAUCGACCCUCAAAUACCCACACUCCAAUAAAUUCAAUGGAGAUUCAUUUCACUUGAGAUCACGCCAAUAAUUGCAAUGAUAUUGUCACACUUCGUGAAAGAUAUAGUUUGGGAUGACCGUGAUAAAUGCUGAUCUCUUUGGAUAGUAAAACGUUAAUUACAAAGACUUGAGGCUGAGUUGUGAUAAAUCACUUUGGAUACCGACUAUACGUAUAAUAAAUCACUUAGGUUUUUGUAUUGCAGAGGUCUGGAUUACAACAUGUGCAAUGACUUCCAUGUGCAUGUAGCUAGUGGGGAAUCUAUUAGAACACUGCAAAUGAUAUUUUACCAGUAAGAGUAUGUACAUACAGAAGGUGGUGAUGGUUAAAUUUGCCAUUUCUAAACAUUUUGGACCAGAUGGCUGCGGCAAGCAUGACAAUUAUGAGCUCACUUUUGAACAGGACAGUGGAACCUAGUCAUAGAUUACUUUCUCUGCUUCAUCAGUUUUAAUUUAACAGUAGACAAAGUAUGGAAAUGUUAUGUAGGAUAGUGAUUCAACAAAGCAUUCUUAAAAAUCUUUUUUCCUUAACCACUUCAUGCCACGGUUCCUGGUACCGGAGACUUUAGGUUUAUACGCAUAGCUGGGGGCCCCGAAAUCACACGAAGGAGCUUGUAACAAAAGACCAUACUCCGAACAAUAGACCAAGCUGCUGUGAAUUACCAACUUUUUUCAGUUGUCAACAGCGGAAGUAAUCUGUCGUUGUUUUAAAACAGUAUACCACUAUUUGUGGCAUUCAGAGAAAGUGGAUUAUCACCAGGGACAAAGGUGUCCAGCGAUGAGCGAUACAGUGCCGCUGCAUGCUAAUCUCGCUGCAUUUGAAAAGAUGCCAGCAGCGCACCACACUGGGCCAAUUUUGGGAACAAGGGAAAUUACGCAACACUGUACAAUCUGGGGUCUCUACAAGAUGACAGGCCUGGCUGAAAUACUCGGGUGUCAUUACAUGUUGCCUGUCAGAUUAGAGUGGCCACCAGACCUGAAGUGAACAGUAUUUCAUGAUAAAAAAAAACAAAUUGAAAUUAGGAGCUUGGGGACCAGACUAUGGGGUAUUUUACCUUUACAAAACAUACAAAGUUUGUAACUAAUUAAAAUAGAAAAUAUGCACUACUUCAUGCAAGUACACUAAUUUCACCAUUGUUGAACACAGGCGCACACUUCUGUAGUGAAUGUAAUGGGUUAUAAAUACCUUAGAGUAUUUUUCUACAUGAAGUGAAACUAAUUUUUGCAAUCUUAAAUGUUACCAUUAGCAAAAUACAAGUAUUGUGAAUUUGUAGAAAACUUAGAUUAACUUUACAUGAAGUGAUGUGUGUAUAUUUGGAAAGAAUUUUAGCAUGUAAAACAAGAAAAGCAAAUUUGGUGUGUACUAUACAAUUGGAUGAAAACGUAAGGACCGUUUUUGGUGUUUUCUUUUCGACUGUAAUGUUUUUGUUUAAUCAAGUCAAUGUAAUAAAGGGUAGUUUUUGGUGUAUGAACA